AUGGCAGACAUUGAGUAUCUCAAGGGACUACGAGCCGUUCGAGAACGUGCUCAUAUCGUGCUCAAGGCAGCCGAAAGAGAUGAGCUGACGCACUUUACCUAUCACGGCGAGAAAAUGCCCGAGGUUGCAGACUAUGUGGCGGGCAUCAUCAAGCGAGACUUCGGUCCUUCCAAUUUCGAUAAGAUCCCUCCUCACGGCCGGUGGCAGCACUUUGACAUCGGUGGCAUCCCACGAGUGGAUCAGCUCAUCAAGGGCUGGCAGGCUGCGCAAUACGAUGAUCUCGAAAUCACUCGGCGUCUCAUCGACCUGUUCUUUGUGGCCGUACUUCUCGACGCGGGAGCGGGCGACGUGUGGACCUUUACCGAGCCGGGGACAGGCAAUGUCUACGGGCGCAGUGAAGGUAUUGCAGUAGCUGCUUUGUACAUGUUCAAAGCGGGUACACUUGCCGGGUCUGGGACAAGUGGUAGGAAUGAGGCCGUUGACGGCCACGGCCUCGCUUCCCUUCAGAUUGAGACGUUCAGGAAACACUUCCAAAUCACGCCGGAUAACGAAAUCAUCAGUGACAGCUCUCGCGUCGAUCUGUUGAACAGUGUGGGGUCGUCCCUUUUGAGUCUGCCCGAUAUUUUCGGCGAAAGUGGGCGACCUGGAAAUCUCGUUGACUACCUGCUAGCCCAGAGAAUCGGAAAGGAAGACCUCGACUACGAGGUCUUGUGGUCUGUGCUACAGCAAGUCCUCCUGCCUGCGUGGCCCAAAAACAGAACACACGUCGCAGGUGUCCCGAUUGGAGAUGCCUGGCCUCUAGAAACACUGAAACGGCAAAGCGAGGGCCAAAAAAGCGAAAACGACACUCUUUCCAUCCAGCCUUUCCACAAGUUGACCCAAUGGCUUGCAUACUCGCUGUCGGUGCCCUUCAUCCGUGUUCUGAAACUCCAGUGGGAAAAGAUCGACCGAGGAACAGGGCUGCCCGAAUACCGAAAUGGUGGCCUGUUCGUGGAUCUGGGUGUCCUCCUACUCAAAGACCAGGUUUUAAAGCAAGGACAGCAGAACUCUCAGCAGGAGACCCCGAGCUUCAAUGCGACCAGCGAUGUGAUCGUGGAAUGGCGCGCAAUGACUGUUGCAUUGCUCGAUAAGCUCCAUGAAAUUAUCUCCGCUCAGUUCACACAGCAAGGAAUUUGUCUGAGCAUGGCCCAGAUGCUGGAAGCCGGGACUUGGAAAGGUGGCCGGGAGUUGGCUGCGAAGUACCGUCCUCAAACCAAGUCCAGCCCUAUCGUGAUUCAAGGGGACGGUACCUUAUUCUAG